GCCCUGACUUGCCCGUGGCCCUGCCAAGCCGUGACCUUUCCUAUGCCCCCCCCGGCGCCGUCUUGCCCCUGAGCCCCGGAGCCGCGGCCCGUUCCCUGGAGGUGUCUGAAACGCCGGUGGUGGCGAAGGUGGGGGACCAGGAAGAUGUUCUCGGCCCUGAAGAAGCUCGUGGGCUCGGACCAGACUCCGGUCAGAGACAAGAAUAUCCCUGCAGGGCUGCAGUCCAUGAACCAGGCUCUGCAGAGGAGGUUUGCCAAGGGAGUCCAGUAUAACAUGAAAAUUGUUAUCCGAGGGGACAGGAACACUGGGAAAACCACACUCUGGCACCGACUGCAGGGGAAGAAAUUUAUUGAGGAAUAUAUUCCAACUCAGGAGAUCCAAGUCACCAGCAUCCACUGGAACUAUAAAACCACUGAUGAUAUCGUUAAGGUUGAAGUCUGGGAUGUAGUAGACAAAGGAAAAUGCAAAAAACGAGGAGAUGGUUUGAAACUGGAGAAUGAUCCUCAGGAGGCAGAAUCAGAAAUGGCUCUGGAUGCAGAGUUUCUGGAUGUAUAUAAAAACUGCAAUGGCGUAGUGAUGAUGUUUGACAUCACCAAGCAGUGGACAUUUAAUUAUAUUCUGAGAGAACUUCCCAAAGUGCCGACCCACGUUCCAGUGUGUGUGCUUGGGAAUUACCGAGACAUGGGGGAGCACCGGGUCAUUCUGCCUGGCGAUGUGCGAGACUUCAUUGACAAUCUGAACAGGCCACCUGGCUCCUCAUAUUUUCGGUACGCUGAAUCUUCCAUGAAGAACAGCUUUGGCCUCAAGUACCUGCACAAGUUCUUCAACAUCCCCUUCUUGCAACUGCAGAGGGAGACGUUGCUACGACAGCUGGAGACGAAUCAGCUGGAUAUCGAUGCGACUUUGGAGGAGCUGUCAGUGCAGCAAGAGACAGAAGAUCAAAACUACGAACUCUUCCUUGAAAUGAUGGAAGCCCGAAGUCGAGGACAUACGUCGCCACUAACAACUAAUGGGCAAAGCCCUUCCUCUGGCUCCCAGUCACCCAUCGUACCUCCGAGCUCCACAUCAACGGGCAGCUCCAGCCCUGGCACCCCACAGCCACCACAGCCGCUUUCCACUAGCUCCACCGUCUCCCCUGAACCCUCCUCAUCUUUUUCACCAGUGCCUGCACCAGACGUCCAGCAGCCCCACGCGCCUCCGCCAGCCACAGCCUCCCCAGCACUUCCAGCUGCAGUCCCACCACAGAAACGCAGCAUCAUAUCACGUCUCUUUGGGACUUCUCCUGCAUCAGAGCCCUCUCCUCCCCAGCCAGAUGCUGCUGCUGCUGCUCCUCCCCACCCUGAAGCCUCUGCAAAAGUGCAGAGCGUGGAGGACUUUGUUCCUGAUGACAGCCUGGACCACAGCUUUCUAGAAGACUCAGCCCCGCAGAAGGACAAAGGGAAACAACAGACUAAAUGUCGUGUUGAUAGCGAAAGUGAUGGAGAGGCACCUGGGGGGAACCCUAUGGUGGCAGGUUUCCAAGACGACCUGGAUCCGGAUGACAAAAUGCCCAGCAGGCCCAUGCUGGCAACAGAACGUGUGCCCAGCAAGAAUAUCACCCUGUCCAGCGAGGAGGAGGAAGAGGAAAAGGUGAAGGACUCUAAGGUCGUACUCAUGCCUGAUGAGGACGUUGAUGCUCAACAUGAAAAAAAAAGGUCUUCCAGAAAUUCUUUGAAACCACAGAGUGAAGUAAUUUUGACCAAAGCAACUGAUCCGAAGCCUCCAGACAAUUUACCUGCACGUUCUGGCUCUGAAAGAAACAGCAGCAGCAAGCUCAGCACUGCUCUGCCAGCUGCUGUUGCUGCCACCCCAGCAGCAGCCCAAGCCCCAAAGACCACUUCCCAAAGCAAAGGACAUGCUCUCAAACAGAAAGUGGUCAAAGAGGAGAAGCCUGAAGAGUCUGACAGUGAUCAAGAGGGACCAAUAGCUACUCAAAUGCUCUCAUUUGUUAUGGAUGACCCAGACUUUGAAAGUGAGGAGUCUGACAGCCAGAAAAAGAAAAUGGAUGAAUUUCCCAUCCGGGAGGAUCUCUCUGAAAUAUCUGAUGACGAUACCUCUUUGGCAAAACCACCCCAGCCUGUGAGAUCAACGGUCCACUCCUUUAAACUGAAAAAUGACUCAGAUCUCUUUGGCUUGGGUUUGGAAGAAACUGGGCCCAAGGAAAGCAGUGAGGAAGAUAAACAUCCCUCUAAGGAGAAGAAGAAGAAGAAAAAGAAAAGCAAAGAGGAAGAGGAGAAGUCUAUGAAAAAGAAGAGCAAACACAAAAAGAGUAAAGAGAAGGAGGAUGGCAAAGACGAGAAGAAGAAAAAGAAGAAGCGGAGCAAGGAGAAAAAUGAGAUAGAUGAACUGGAGGCUUUUCUUGGAGGAGGAGGAGGAGCCAGCAUGAGUAAGCCGCGAGGAGGCGGAGACUAUGAGGAGCUGUAGACCAGCGGCGUGUGAACGCAGCGGACUCUUCUAUCAGUGGCUGUCUCCAUCUCUUCCUAUGAGUCACACCAGGACAGGUGCAGAUGUGUAAAGCUUUGGCCGUUUGCCGUAUAGUCCCUCAAAACAGAGCUGGCAGAGCAAAAGCUUUACAUCUGUGUGUGCUGCUCUGGUGCAUUUGUUACACAAAGAAAAUUCAGCCGUGAUGUACUUGAGUAAAGGCAAGGUUCAGGAUAUGAUUCCCAGGCCUACUUCCAGGCUGUUAUUCUUUCUCCUCCCAGAGAUGCCCAGUUGGGUAGCUGGCAGAGUAUGGGAGGCAAAGGGGACCUGCUUCCUGCUCCACCCCACCUAUAUUGCUCUGCUGCACGCCUGAAAUUCCUGUCUUGUUAGAGGAGUGCAACAAAACAUGCCGCAUGAAUGCCUCAUGCUCACCUGUCUCAAGUCUUUAACUUUUUAUCCUUCCUAUUCUUUUAAUGAGAAAGGUGGUCCUGGCCAUUGCUCCACCUGGCAAUUGAUGAGCUUUAAAUUGAGCAGAUUAUGCUAUGUACAGCUCUUUAAGCAACCAAGGGCCAAAAUGAGAGAAGUGAUUUUGGAGCCCUUCUGAAAGGGACCUUUCAGCACAGCAACUUAAUUAGCACUCACUGGUGCUGCUGUUGGAAUUCAUGAAGCCCCAUUGAUUUCCGUGGCCCCAGUGUCUCAGACACUACACGUAAGCUGCUAUGCAGUUUGGGAAAACAAUGCAAAGUGCAAAGCUAACUUGAAAAAGAGAGAGAAAAAUCAGUGCUUUUCUGCAUUUCCUACCCUUGAAUUUGCAUAUACUAGAAUCCCAUCCCUUCAGUACCUCUCAGGGAGAUGACUAUCAUGGAAAUGGAGAUAUCCAGAGCUUCAAAACUGUCUACGGAAAAGUGUUAGCAUGGCAAGGCAAUUGCUUCUCAGGCAUUUUACAGUCGUGCUGUAAAACAACAGCUGCCUCUCUGCACUGAGUGGGAAAACCACUGUAGCUAGGAGAGCAUCCUUCCUGGUCCAAGUACUAUCGAUAUUGCAGGCCGUGUUUACUAGGCCAAGCCUCCCAGCAACUAGCAUGCUGCCCUUCCUUGCCCCAAGUGGAGAACCUCCUCCUAGCACAUGAGUCUGGAAAGCCUUUUCAUUUUUGCUCUGAAGUUAGACCCGUGGAUUGGUGCCUGCUCAGCAGCACAGGUUGCAGGUGGAUGGGCACUACUGGCCAGCCUUUUGCACUUGCUUGUGUCUCCAUGAGCAGCCCCUGUGUUUUAUGAGCUUGUUAGCUUUCUGUACCCCCUCCUGUUUUGGUACUGGUGUCCCUUCUGCAGCCCAGACAGAGAAGCUCCCUGCAGAAUUCUGUUCAUUACGUUACCCUCUUGCUUGCAAGUUGGUUUGGGGUUUGGUUUUGUUCUCCCUCUUCUCUCUCUCUCCCCUUUUCGAUGUAAACCGUCAGCUGUGAAAUCCAAACUGAGGUUUCCUUCUACGUCCCUAUAAAGCAAAAUGUUCUUUGGAUCCAUCCUCCACUGCAAAAUUGUCUUGAUCAGCAGGCAACUACUCCAUUCUUUUCUUUUUUCUUUUUUUUUUUUUCUUUUUUCCCCUCUUUCCCCAAGAAAUGCACCUGUAACUGUUUCCCUAUAUAACGAACUGGGUAUUGCUGCAUGAGCAGUAUAUUGUUCAGGUCUGUUUUCCAUUAGCAUUUGCCUGCUUCUCUGAGCAUUACUUUGUUUCAUGACACCGUAGGGAAAUUGCAUGGGACAGUUCAAACUUUGCACGCCUGGGGAGGAAAAAGUUGACUGGGAUGCAACCAGUUUGCAGCCUCGCUUUCAAAAAGGGAGGGAGACAUUUGAACUUCAGCUGGCUGCGUUCCUGAAAGCACUUCUGUUCUGUAAAGGUUUUGGGUCAUGUUCCAUUUUGCAUUGGAAAACCUGGUACAAUCCAUUCUGAUUAUAAAGCUCUGUUCUACAA